GCCCCGCUCCCGGCCGCGCCCUCCGCCGGCGAUGCCCGCCGGCUCCCGCUCCCGCAGCCCCGGGCAGCCCAUGCGCACGGGGACGCAGGGUGCGUGCGGCGGUGCUGAAGGGACAGCGCCCUGCGCGCGCUGGUGGCGCGCGGUCCCCAGGCGGCGGGCCGGGCCACCGGGGAUGCCCCGCGCCCAUGGCGGUGGCUAGGCGGAUCCAAACUUUGCUGGCCGUGAACAUUCUGGUCUUCGUGGGCAUCGUGCUGUUCUCUGCCUACUGCCGGCUGCAGGACCGCGCUGGGCGGCGAGCACAGCUCGGGCGCGGCUCCGACCGCAGGGCGCGCAGCCGGCUUGCCGGGGCCGGCGCGGGCAACGACCGCGAGGCCAUCCUGCGGCGCCUGGGCCACCUGGAGGAGGUGGUCUACAACCAGCUCAAUGGCCUUGCGAAACCCAUUGGUCUGGUGGAGGGUCCUGGCGGGCUGGGCCAGGGGGGCGUGGCUGCCACGUUGCGCACCGACAGCCAGGAAGCGGAUGUCAAGUACGAGGAGUUUGGGUACAACGCUCAGCUCAGUGACCGCAUCUCCUUGGACAGGACCAUCCCUGACUACAGGCCCAAAAAGUGCAAGCAGAUAACCUACUCUGAAGAGCUGCCCCAGGUCUCCGUGGUCUUCAUCUUCGUCAACGAGGCCCUCUCGGUCAUCCUGCGUUCCGUCCACAGCGUGGUCAACCACACCCCCUCUCAGCUCCUCAAAGAGGUCAUCUUGGUGGAUGACAACAGUGACAAUGCGGAACUCAAAUUCAACCUGGACCAGUACAUCCAAAAGAGAUACCCAGGCCUGGUGAAGAUUGUCCGUAAUAGCCGGCGGGAAGGCCUCAUCCGGGCACGACUGCAGGGCUGGAAGGUGGCCACGGCGCCCGUCGUUGGCUUCUUUGAUGCUCACGUUGAGUUCAAUACAGGCUGGGCUGAGCCCGCUCUCUCGCGGAUCCAGGAAGAUCGGCGUCGUGUCAUCCUGCCUGCCAUCGACAACAUCAAGUUCAACACCUUCGAGGUGCAGCAGUAUGCAAAUGCUGCCCAUGGCUACAAUUGGGGGCUCUGGUGUAUGUACAUCACCCCGCCCCAGGACUGGCUGGACCGCGCUGACGAGGCGGCACCCAUCAGGACCCCGGCCAUGAUUGGCUGCUCCUUCGUGGUGGACCGGCAGUACUUUGGGGACAUUGGCCUGCUGGACCCUGGCAUGGAGGUGUAUGGUGGCGAGAACAUUGAGCUGGGCAUGAGGGUGUGGCAGUGUGGUGGCAGCAUGGAAGUGCUGCCUUGCUCCCGCGUGGCCCACAUUGAGCGCAGCAGGAAGCCCUACAACAAUGACAUUGAUUACUAUGCCAAGCGCAAUGCCUUGCGCGCAGCCGAGGUGUGGAUGGACGACUUCAAGUCACACGUGUACAUGGCCUGGAACAUUCCCGUGACGAACCCAGGGGUGGACUUUGGGGACGUGUCCGAGAGGCUGGCCCUGCGUCAGAGGCUGAAAUGCCGCAGCUUCCAGUGGUACCUGGAGAACGUGUACCCUGAGAUGAGAGUCUAUAGCGACACACUGGCCUAUGGAGAGGUGCGCAACAGCAAAGCCAGUGGCUAUUGCCUGGACCAGGGCUCGGAGGACGACGAUCAGGCCAUCCUGUACCCCUGCCACGGGAUGUCCUCCCAGCUGGUGCGGUAUAGCAGGGAUGGCCUCCUGCAGCUCGGGCCCCUGGGCUCCACCGCCUUCCUACCUGACUCCAAGUGUCUGGUGGACGAGGGCAGGGGCCGUAGUCCUGCCCUGAAGAAGUGUGAGAAUGUGGCCCGACCCACCCAGCGGCUGUGGGACUUUAUCCAGGGCAGCCCCAUUGUGAGCCGGGACACGGGCCGCUGCCUAGAGGUGGAACUGUCCAGAGAAGCCAACUUUGGGCUGCGGCUGGUGGUGCAGAGGUGUUCAGGCCAGAAGUGGACAAUCAGGAACUGGGUCAUGAACCCGCAGCCCUGAACCUCCCAGCCCCCUGGGCUGCAGCCCUGGCUGUGACCCCCACGCUCUCAGGCUGGCCCCUGCAGAGGCCCGGGAGCCCCGGCCCCACCAUGUGCCUUUCCACGAGGCUGCCCCUCCCCCUGCAUGUGCCAACCCCAGCCGUCACACCCAAGGGCAGGCCGCCCUGCCUGAAGCCAUGGGCUCUGCGACUGGACAGCCCUCCUCUGCUUGACCUCUCACUUCCGGCAACCCAGGCAGCACCCAGAGCAGCCGCUGAUGUCCCAGCACAGGUGGAGGGAGCCAUAGCAAGGCAGAUUGGAUGGAGGGUGCCAACUGGCAGCCAUCUUCCUGCCACCUGCCCAACUCCUGCUCCUGGGAUCUCUGUGGAGGGUUCAGUGAACAUGACCUGGCCUCUGGCCCAUUUUUAUAAAUAA